UGCGCACAAUGGUGGAAGUUGUUCUGAUAUUCUACGAAUGGGCGUCCCUCCCCUUUGUCAUUUAUAGUUAGCUUGCUAGCUUCUAACGUUAUUAGCUAGAUAAUUUACGCACUGCGAGGGGUUUGUACAAUAAAUACAUGUCACUUUCUUCUAAUGCCUCAUAGCCCCCAGGGUGUGUGAGAGAGGAGGGAGUGUAAGGGGGCGCGGCUGCUACAGUUCGAGAAGAGCGAGAAAGGCAUUCUGCCUUCGCACGCCCCAGAGGAGAAGAAGAGUAGCAUAGUCUGUCUCAGAGACCCGUAUUGCCGUGAUGUCAGAGGGAGACGGUAAACCCCUCCAGGCUCUGGAAGCCAAGGCAGAGACGGUGACCCCCAGUGGCCAGGGACCUGCGUCCGUGUCCCCUCCUGUGUCGGGGCCCCCCGCCACCACCCCCACAGAGGAUGAGGAGGAAGAGGAGAGCGAAGACGAGUCCGAGAUCCUGGAGGAGAGCCCCUGCGGCCGCUGGCAGAAACGCAGAGAGGAGGUGAACCAGCGGAACGUCCCAGGGAUAGAUGCUGCCUACCUGGCCAUGGACACAGAGGAGGGGGUGGAGGUGGUCUGGAACGAGGUCAUGUUCUCAGAGAGGAAGAACUUCAAGCUGCAGGAGGAGAAGGUGAAGUCUGUGUUUGACAACCUGAUUCAGCUGGAGCAUCUCAACAUCGUCAAGUUCCACAAGUACUGGGCUGACGUCAAUGACAUCAACCGCGCCAGGGUUAUUUUCAUCACUGAAUACAUGUCCUCAGGAAGUUUGAAGCAGUUUCUGAAGAAGACCAAGAAGAACCACAAGACUAUGAAUGAAAAGGCCUGGAAGAGAUGGUGCACCCAGAUCCUCUCAGCCCUCAGUUACCUCCACUCCUGUGAGCCACCCAUCAUCCAUGGGAACCUGACCUGUGACACCAUCUUCAUCCAACACAACGGACUCAUCAAGAUAGGAUCAGUGGCUCCAGACACUAUCAACAACCACGUGAAAACCUGCAGAGAGGAGCAGAAAAAUCUGCACUUCUUCGCCCCCGAAUAUGGCGCUGUUGCAGAUGUCACCACUGCAGUGGAUAUCUAUUCCUUUGGGAUGUGUGCCUUGGAGAUGGCAGUAUUGGAGAUCCAGGGGAACGGAGAAUCUUCCUAUGUCUCUCAGGAGGCCAUCAACAAUGCCAUACAGUCACUGGAAGACCCACUGCAGAGGGAGUUUAUCCAGACAUGUCUGGAGGCUGACCCGUUUAAGAGGCCUACAGCCAGAGAGCUGCUGUUCCACCAGGCUCUGUUUGAGGUGCCCCUGUUAAAGCUGCUAGCGGCACACUGCAUAGUCAGCCACCAGCAUAUGAUCCCUGAGAAUGCCUUAGAGGAGAUCACUAAGAACAUGGACCCCAACCUCAUCAUCGCUGAGAUAAAGGAGGGCGUGCAGCUCAAUCUGUCUCAGUUUCCUGCCUUGGAGCUGGAUAAGUUCCUGGAGGAUGUCCGGAAUGGCAUCUACCCCCUGACAGCAUUCGGCCUGCCCUCUCACCAGCAGCCCCAGCAGUCCCCUGUCAAGUCCCCCAUUGUCACCCCCUCUGUCAAAUCCCCCACCCCAGAACCUGCUGAACUAGAGACACGGAAGGUUGUUCAGAUGCAGUGUAAUAUUGAGCCGGUGGAGGAGGGUGCAAAACAUCAUCUGACACUACUGUUGAAGCUGGAGGACAAACUCAACAGACACUUAAGCUGUGACUUGUUACCCAAUGAGAAUGUACAGGAACUGGCUGUUGAGCUGGUACAACUGGGCUUCAUCAGCGAGGUGGACCAGAGCAGGAUGGCCACUGUGCUAGAAGAGGCCUUCACCAAGUUCUUCAGCAGGAACGGUUCCCUCAACCCUGUGACUGUGUCCUCAUAACAGGAUCAACAUGGACCCCCACUCCAGUACCUAUAUACCCCCUACAGGCUUUUUACAACCCUCCCCUUCUUACCCCUAAGGACCCAUGGACCCCCACUCCAGUACCUAUACACCUAUAGGCAGGCUUAGGCCUACACCUAUACCACUGCUGGCCCCAACCACCACACAUACACAUGCCACACCCCGUGCCUCAGCCCUAAUCCAAAUCACUGGACUCUUUCACCCAAAACCUUGUGUGGUGUCUUCUAUUUCUCUGGAGGACCAUAGAGCCUUAUUAUGGGGCUGUCCGAGUCAGUCCCCUCUCCAUUUAGUUCUCUCUAUUUACACAGUAGCAACUUAUUUGGGAAAGGAAGCCAACGCAGUAUUACUUGUUUGUUUGUGUUUUAGAAAUGUGUUUUAUAUCUUUGCUAUUUGCCUUCUUGGUGGCUGUAUACAUGCACACACGCUAUCCGCCUUAAAGUUGUCUGCUUCGGUGUGGUCACGCACGGCUGUGCAUGAAUGUCUGCAGUGAACUUGGCUCUCUUUCUGAGUGCUGUAGGUGACCAUUGUAGGCUGCGUUUAGAAAGCCAGCCCAAUUCUGAUCUUUUCCUCCACUAAUUGGUCUUUUAACCAAUGAAAAAGAUCUGAUCAAGAUCUCAUGUGAUUGGUCAAAAGACCAAUUAGUGGAAAAAAUAUCAGAAUUGGGCUGCCUGUCUAAACGCAGCUGUAUAUAUUUAAAUGAGUGUGAUGGGGGAAGUCUAGGGCCUAUAUUCAUGUUACCAAUGUGUCAUAUUGUAUCUUAUGAAGUAUUUUUUAUUUUUUUUAUACUCUGAAAUAGUUUACUGUGGUCUCAAAUGAUGGAGCCACAGCCCCAUGGAGGCUGAGCCAAUAGUCUGGGAGGUGUGGUAUUUACAGGCUGUCAGUCAAAGCAGAGGAACAAGCUGAAUGAUUUACUGGAGAUGUCCAAUGGCUGGAGCUGUAGUUAAGAGGUGUUUGGGUGGUGAACAGUAUUCAUGCCUCUGAUUUGUUAUCACAACUUUAUCUGUUCUGUAAAAAAUAUAUACUUUACAUUGUUUGGCCAACCUUAUUUCUUAUAGUGUACUUCAUCUGGAUAAUGAAAUGGUUUCCUUUGGACGUUCUGUUGAAUGUUCUGGCCAUUGAGAAAGUGUUUUUGUUGUGAACAGCAGGUAAGGGUUUUACUUUACUGUACAAAUCCAAAGAGGAAUUUGUGUUAAAGUCCAAAUAUGAAAUGUAGAUAUGUGGACAAAUGGUUAAUCUAGUGGCCUGGCUGUCUGACUGGUACUGCUUUAGCCAAGCUGUUGUCUUGCCAAAUGCAACAAUGAAACGCUGUUGAAUGCAGAAAUUGUUAGGUAAACUGGGUCACGUUCAGUAGGGCACAAUGUUGUGAAAUUAAAAUGUGUUUUACGGUUACUGUAAUAUUCAAUGUGCUUUUUUUCUUUAUAGUCUAUCUCUACUUUGUGAGGAGCACUUGGGCAGUGUAGUUAAGAAAGAUGUGUGUUGAUGGGUAAUGUGUGUGCAUGCAUGAGAAGUAGUUUGUGUGUGUGCUCGUGUGCCUUCUGAUAAGUGUGUAUCCUAUGACAGCCUCUGCAAUGUAUGACUUUCUCUUUCCUCUAAAUGGUAUUUUCUAUUUGUAAAUAAAUAUGUAAUGCACCACC